AUGAUCAAGAAGGUGCGCAUCGGAACGGAAGAAAUGGAUUCCGAAGAAAUCAACCGACGCUUUCCGGCAGUGAGGCUGAACGUUCCUUGCAGCGCGAAAUGUGGUGUUGGUGGCGAAGACGGUGUCAGCAUUUCGACGUCCGUCUGUCACACCUUCGAGAAUCUGUCCCGUUGGAAUUACGUAUUGUGGCACGUCGGCUUGCAGUUGCGGGAACUUCGCGGUCCCGGAAAGCUGUCUCUGGUGCAGGCCGCCUACAGGGGCCGGGGCGGCUCUAUGCUACAAGCGCGCAGCCGUCACGCCCGGAUUCUCAUUCGUGUCCUCCUGGUGCAGUACAGAUGCGUCGAGAGCCUACACGUGGAGGACGCCCUCGAGGAAGGUAGUGGACUCGGCGAGUUCCGGGAGUGCGUCGUCUCGACGUUUCGGGAAAACACGAGCCUACGGACCUUGAUUCUCGGUAGCCUCUUCAGCGAGUACAGGAGCAUCCGAGAAGAAUUGUUCGGAGCCAUCGCCAGCAUGACGAACCUGUGCGAGUUGGCCGUAUUAGGCAGCGCCGCAGGGCCAUCGGUCGUGCUGGAGGCGGUUUGUAAGCUUCUCGUGGACACCACGUGUCUCGUCACUCUGACGAUUCCUCGACUCGUUUUCGACGACGGAAGCGGGACUCGCCUGACCGCCGCGCUCCGACGUAACAAAACCGUCCAGAACCUGUCUCUGCACGUCAGCGUCAUGCAUUCAUAUAUGCAGAGCGGAAUUCCGAGGUUCUCCCACUUUCUAGCCAACAGCAAGCAACUGACUUCGCUGAGCGUGGAAGGUGUGGAUACGGUUCCCGUAAGCACGUUCGAAGACAUCAAGUGCAUCGUUGCGCCGUGCCGCAUUCGUGGCAACCUGCAGAAGCUCCGACUAACAGGCUUCCUGUUAAGCGCCCCUUGCUCGUGCCUCUUCGCUGCCCUCGUGUACGGAAAAGAAGGGUGUCUCAAGAGUCUGGACAUAGCCGGCUGCCGCUGGAGACCGAAGUCACGGUUACAACGAACGCGCGACGCUGGACCUAGUGACGGCGAACAGGUGGGUCGAUCCACGAUGGCGCACCGCAGCUGUCACCGGACUCAGGCGUUCGGCCGCAGUGCGCGAGUGCGACUCUCGUUUUUGGCCUUGAGACUCGAGGGACUCGAGCCAGAAGAUCUGCGGCUUCUACUGAACACCGCCCUUACCGUGGAACCUCUCAAAACUAUCUCGUUAAUUGAGAGGCGUGCCCCUCGACAAACUGAAGACAGUUUGCCGAAUGAUCCGGGAGACCGGAAUGAGCGGACGAGUCUCUAUUGA